GAGCGUGACUUUUGACUUUUGACUCGCGCUCUUGCUCUUGCCCUUGCUCUUGCUCAGACAGAGAACCCUCGCUCAGCCUGACAGCGAGGCAUGAGUGCACAGGAGCAAGAGCUGCAGACUCGGCUCGCGCGAUGGUGCAAGCGACUCUCGGAUCUGCCCGCCAUGGCGCUGCCUACCGACUACCCUCGGCCAACAGGCGCAAAAGCAGUUGAGACCCAUCAGACAAGCUCCCUAGCGCCAGAUGCCUGCAAAGCACUCGCUAAGUUAGCUUCAUCUGAUGAAGAGGCACAUAUCGAAGAUGACAGUGCCGCUCUUGCGAGUUCGCAAGCAAGUCUGAGCUCACGCCCGACGGAUUACCAACUUUUGCUGUCUUGCUUUGUCGUGCUCUUGCAUCGGUACACCUCAGACACAGAUCUCGUCAUCGCCACCCUGUCUCGCUCCACUGGCGAGACUCUCCUGCUACGCAUCAAGCUAGAUCCACAAGAUUCAUUCUGGUCGCUUGUUAGACGGAUCCAAUUCGUCGCAGAGGAGGCCGAAAGAGAUGCUGUCUCAUUUGAUCAGCUGCAAGCUGCCUUGGCCCGUGAGCCAACCAGCGGACCGCUGUACCGCGUACGCUUCAUCGACGAGACCCAUGCCAGCCCGAGUGGGUCUACUCAGAGCGCAUCUGCCGCAGAUUUCUCGGUCUACGUAGGUUCGUCAGACGCGACGCCCUUGGUCAGAUUGCACUAUAAUUCGCUCGUCUUCUCGGACGCUCGCAUCAAGCUUGUGCUUGAUCAAUUGAGCCAGCUCGUUUUAUCGUUCGCGCAGCAGCCCCUCAGUCCUCUCGGCACCGUCUCGCUACUCACGCCGAGUCAGUUGGCAAUCUUGCCCGACCCUCGCGCCGAUUUGGACUUUUGCGGUUUCAAAGGUGCCAUCACGGACGUCUUCUCUGCCAAUGCCGCACAGUUCCCAGACAGGACAUGUAUCGUCGAAUCAGUACCUGGUCUGGCAGCCUCUGCAACCGAAGUGCCGAAGAAUGAGACCCGACAUUUUACUUACAAGCAGAUUGACGAGGCUUCUAAUAUCCUGGCGCAUCAUCUCAUACGAUCUGGCGUGCAGCGCGAAGAAGUCGUUACCGUCUACAGCACAAGAGGUGUCGAUCUUGUCGUCGCCGUCAUGGGCGUACUCAAAGCAGGCGCCACUUUCUCAGUCAUAGAUCCUGCAUACCCAGCAGCCAGACAGAAUAUCUACUUGCAAGUCGCACAACCCAGAGCCCUCGUCAUCCUAGCGAGAGCAGGCGAACUCAUACCUUCCGUACGCGCAUAUGUCGAACAAGAAUUACAGAUUCGCUGCGAAAUUCCUGCGCUACAAAUCGCAGACGAUGGCUCGCUCACCGGUGGAAGACUGCAAAGCUCUACAAGAGAUGUACUCGAAGAUUCGCUUCCGAAAGCCUCAUUGUCCGCAGGCAUCGCACUUGGCCCAGAUUCCAUUGCUACCCUUUCGUUCACUUCGGGCAGUACUGGGAUACCAAAGGGCGUCAGAGGGCGGCAUUACUCUCUGACGCACUUUUUCCCUUGGAUGAGUCAAACCUUCGGCAUAGACGCUUCCGCGAGAUUUACCAUGCUCAGCGGCAUUGCUCAUGAUCCAAUACAGCGCGACAUCUUCACACCGUUGUUCUUGGGAGCGCAGCUGCAUAUACCCACAGCGGAAGAUAUCGGGACGCCUGGUCGCCUUGCAGAAUGGAUGGACGACAGCAAGGUUACCGUGACACAUUUGACCCCAGCGAUGGGUCAGCUCUUGUCAGCUCAGGCAGUCCGCAAGAUCCCUUCCCUUCGAAACGCUUUCUUCGUGGGGGAUAUCCUUACCAAGCGCGAUUGUACUCGCUUGCAGCAGCUCGCUCACAAUGUGCGAAUCAUCAACAUGUUUGGUACCACAGAGACUCAACGCGCGGUAUCUUACUUUGCCGUACCGAGCAUCAGCGAAGAUCCUACCUUUCUGGGCAAUAGGAAAGAUGUCAUUCCCGCCGGUCGAGGAAUGAUCGAUGUCCAGCUCGUCGUGGUCAACCGCAACGAACGAACAGCCCUGUGUGCUGUUGGUGAGAUUGGCGAGAUCUAUGUACGAUCAGGCGGCCUCUCGGAAGGCUAUCUCAGCUUGCCCGAGGCCAAUGCCGAAAAGUUCGUCACAAAUUGGUUCUCUGCAGGCCAUGUCUGGCCCGACGCGGUCGACCAGUCGGCUCCCUGGAGACCAUACUGGAAAGGGGUCAGAGAUCGCAUGUACAGAACUGGUGAUCUAGGCCGAUACGCGCCAGAUGGGUCAGUCGAAUGCACGGGCAGAGCAGACGACCAGAUCAAGAUACGAGGCUUUCGCAUUGAGCUUGGAGAGAUCGACACGCAUCUCUCACAUCAUGCGCUCGUGCGUGAGAACGUCACCCUUGUCAGACGAGACAAGGACGAAGAAAAAGUGCUGGUCAGCUACUUCGUGCCGAUGGACGGCCCAGAGGUGGCGGACCUGCUCAGCUCAGAUGAGAAUGAUGAUGGAGGAGCGAUUGUACAAGGCAUGCGUCGACAUAAGAGGCUGAUCAAGCAGAUACGAGACUAUCUCAAGACGAAACUACCUGCAUACAGCGUGCCGACCCUCUUUGUGCCGCUCUCGCGAAUGCCACUCAAUCCUAACGGCAAGAUCGACAAGCCCGCCUUGCCGUUUCCCGAUACUGCGCUUGCCGCCGCUGCUUCGUCUGUGUCUUCUACGAAAUCAACAGACCUCUCAUCGACCGAGCGAACCUUGCACGACAUCUGGCGAGAACUACUACCCUCUGCGCCGGCCAAUUUGCCAAAGGAUGCGAGCUUUUUCGAUCUCGGUGGUCAUUCGAUCCUCGCCACUCGUCUCGUCUUCGACAUUCGUAAAGCUUUCGUUGUCAACUUACCGUUGGGCGCGCUUUUUGAUCAUCCGACGAUUGAGGCCCUGGCGAAUGAAAUCGAACGGUUACAAGGAUCAAACUACAACCUCGCUACAGGCUCAAAAUCGAAAGCUUCGCUCACCAACGGGAGCUCCGAGUCUGGCGAAGCGUAUGGAUCGGAUUCAAAUACCUUGAUGAGCAGGUUGCAGCCGUCCUAUCAGUCUCCCAAGUAUUCUGGGUCUACGACUGUGUUCCUGACUGGCGCGACUGGAUUUUUGGGCGCCUUCAUCCUGCGCGACUUACUUCUGCGCGCUUCGGUAUCGAAAGUCAUCUGCCACGUCCGAGCGUCUUCUGCAGCUGCCGGUCUAGACAGACUGCGCGAUUCCUGCAUUGGUCGAGCUGCUUGGGACGAGCGAUGGGUCAGCGACAGCCGAUUAGAAGUCGUUGUCGGAGAGCUCGAGAAGCCCAGGCUUGGUCUAGACGAGCCGACCUGGUCCCGCAUCGCUCGCGAAGCAACGACGAUCAUCCACAAUGCUGCUCUUGUUCACUGGGUCUAUCCGUAUACGAAACUCAGAUCGGCAAACGUGCUUGCAACGCUUACGACGCUCGACUUGGCAUCAACAGGGCAGCCGAAGGCAUACAGCUUUGUCUCUUCCACUGCCGUUUUCGAGACGGACCGUCACUAUAACGAUCUCUCCGAUCAGAUUACAAGCAAAGGUGGACUAGGUGUGCCUGAGUCCGAUGACUUGGAGGGAUCACGCGUCGAAAUCAAGAGCGGCUACGGCCAGAGCAAAUGGGUAUCUGAGAAGCUGAUUAUGGAAGCCGGCCGUCGCGGUUUACGCGGUAGCGUCAUUCGACCAGCCUACAUCGUUGGCGAUUCCGUCUCCGCCGUCACCAAUACAGACGACUUCCUCUGGCGUCUUGUCAAAGGGUGCAUCCAAUUGAAGCUGAUCCCGGACAUCCAGAACUCGAUCAACAUGAUGCCGGUCGAUCAUGUCGCUCGCGUGGUGGCUCUAUCUGCGCUUGAGCAUGCACAAGACACCCUGCCGGUGUAUCAAGUGACAUCGCGGCCGAAUGUUCGGUUCAGCGCUUUCUUGGGAGCUCUCAAGACGUAUGGCUACGAUACCACUAAGACGGAAUAUCUGCAUUGGCGCACUCAGCUCGAGCAGCAUGUCGCAGUCACGCAAGACAACGCUCUCUUCCCCUUGCUGCACUUCGUGUUGGACGACUUGCCAACGAGCACGAAAGCGCCGGCGCUCGACGAUAGCAACACUGCCGCUUUGCUCGAGCGAGCAGGCGAGUGCUCAUCGAUGACAGUGGACGACAAUCUCAUGGGCGUCUACCUCGCUUGGCUCGUUGCUGCAGACUUCUUGCCUGUGCCUACUAAGCAAGGCACGCCAUUGCCUCGUCUGACGAACACCGAGGCCAUCAAGGCAAUAGGCAGGAGUGGUCACUAGAUGCAAGUGUCUAUGAGGCUGUUUGCAUGAGAGUGUACAACAACACUG